CCGAUAUAUACUAUGCAUUUCAGUGYAUUAUCRUGCGAAUCAACCAUAUGGGAUUGAAUAACAACGAGAACAAUUAUAAUUAAGUAAAACGGACCGAUAUCGCCGGACGUAUGUUCGACGGGGUCAACGGUAGCGGCGGUGCAGAGGCGGUGGUAGCCAGUGGCAGCAGUAAAAGUGGCAGCGGUCACAUGGACGUCAAAGUAGUGUACGCCAACCCGAACGGCACGCUGUCCAUAUUGCCUGACACGGCGGCCGGUGUGUCGCCAUGGCGUCCGUCGUCUGUGUCGUUGGCCGCGGUGUACCUGACGCUGUCAUCCGCGGCCAUCGCGUCCAACCUAAUGGUGCUGACCGGCAUCGUCACCGCGGACAGGCUGCGGUCACCGUACGCGGUGCUCGUGUCCGCGCUGUGCCUGCAGUGCGCCAUGGACGCCGCGGUCGGCCACUACGUCACAACCAGAGAGCUGUUAGGUGGCGGUGGCGGCGGUAACGGCGGAGGAGUCACCAUGUGCCGCGGCGUGGCCACCGUAACGGCCGCCCUGUCCGCCGUCGAGCUGGUCACGUUUGCCGCACUCACGUGCCUCAACACGUUCGUCCGAGCCGACUACGCCGAGCUGCCYCUGCCGGCCGCUGCUACCCUGUGGGCCGCCCCUUCCAUGUACACGUACGUCAUACUCACACCUACGCUGCUGUUCACCACUCGAUAUUUCCCGUCAAGGUACGUACCACACCGCCGAACGUAUACGACAGGCUAUCCCUGCAUGAUUAAGUGCAUAAAAGACUGCACGUUUUUUACGGCACGAUUACGAGCAAAUUCGCUAACGGGUCGAUGCGGUUUCAUUGUCAAUACAACUGGAUGGUUUUACCCAUCUUUAUUGAUUGUUUUCAGUUUUAUGAUACCCUGGUCGAUAUCAUUUUAUUUUGUUUUUGUAUCUCGACCUUCAACGAUUACUAAAUCGACCAAUAUCAUUGUGACACCCACACAAACAAAAAGCCAAAUCGAUCUUGUACCGUCCAAAUUAAUUUUUGCAUCUUAUACAAUUCUUGUAACACCUAGUCUUAUAUCUUCAAGUGUUUAUCUUUAUAGCAACCCAAAUGUCAAUCCUUGGGUCGAAAACGAAGCACCGGAAGACAUCUUGGAUGGCUACUUAUCAAAAAUGCCAAUUAUGUUUGAUGUAUUUGUGCCGUUGGUCCUAAUAUACUAUCACAAAGUGUUCAGAAAAAAAUGUAGAGAAUUGUAUUUGCAUGGGUUUAGGAAUUCCGUCUCAGACGGACGUCAAAUCUCUAUCGAAAGACUGAGACGAAUUAGAAAGAACGAACGUUUGGCAGAUGACGCACCUGUAUUAUUUCUUGAACGGUCUGGCAUGAUAAGCGUUAGGUUUCCGAGUGAAGACGGCUUCGUGAUGAAGGUAUGUGAUUUGAAUCAAAAAGAGGACAAUAAUUCAAAUAGCAGAAAAGAAGUACGGGUUUCGAAGAAAGUGAGUAAAGGUCCUAAUGAAAGUGGUGUAUAUAGUACAAAAGAACCAAGAGASGAAGAAUCAAGCCUUUGAAGAAAAACAUAAAUAUUUAUA